AUGAAUGGUUAUCAGGCAGCUGGUGUUAAAAUAAAUGCCUCUGGGCGACACCAAUUUACUAAUUUAAGAGUAAGCCGCACAUCAAAACCUCAUCGUCUUAGCCAAGAGAGAGCCAGCAGUGACAGUCGGUUAUCUCAUGAACGUCACCAAAACCCUAACGCUCACCGGUCCAGUCCCCGAAGUACAGAGAAUGCUCAUGUGACAGCAACACCUUUUCUACAGAGGAAGAGCAGUGACAAUUCUAGCCACCACAAUCAUCCUCUUCACCACAUUCAGCACAGCAACACCAGUGGAGGAGCAGGAGUCAGCAGUGGCAGUGGAGGGAUCACUGCUACUGUCCCUGUUCAUCACAAUUCUGCUGUUGCAGAGUCUAGCACCUCGAUGAAUGUUAGUCUCCUUUCUGAUUCCAGUAAAGAUUCUCCAGCUUCACAACCACAGAGAAAACUCUACAACAAAGGACGAAGAAAAAAAGAUGAGGAUUAUUCCAAAUUAUCUCGUCAGAAUUCAUCUCAAAUCUCUGCCAAUAACAAAUAUACCGAGCCACAAUUUGAAUUUGAAUCUAAUUCUUUCCCGCCCUUGCCAGGAUCACAAAACAAUGCCGCAUCAGGUGAAAAAUUUGAGAACAAAUUGUCCGAUGUAGUGCGAGGUACUGCUAAGCCAUUGGCCAAAGAAUCUGUGAUCACUUCUCCUGUGGUCGCCGCCACAGCCUCGUCGUCAUCGUCAUCUACCAGCUCACCGUCAAGCAGCACGACUGGUGCAGCCACAAGUGGUACUACUGCAGCUGCAGUGGUGGUGACUCCCAUGCCGACCUCAUCAUCUUCUGCUGCCGUAGGACUCAACACACAGCCCCCUCCACCACCACCUCCUCUUCAGUCUCCAGCCAGCAAGGAAGUGUCUACUGCUGUUGCAACGUCCAUGUUGGCUCCUCCUUCCACCUCAGCAGCUGUUGUGAGCAGCCUGGCCCCUGCCUCUGCAGUUGUCAUGUCUGCUACGGCACCUUCUGCUCCACAUUUGCCCUUGAUUGCCACCACUUCAACUUUGUCGUCUUCUGCCUCAGCUACUAAUGUCAACAACCGUACACUUGCACAGGCGAGCCAACCAGUUUGUCCAGCUAAUAAGCCAACUUGUGCAAUUCCAAAUGUUACAGGCAAGCUGAACAGUGGGAAUCCUGCAGAUUCUCAUCCUGUUUUGUUGGUGGGGAGUUCUCAGGCCCAUCCAGUUACCGUAGUAACCUCUCCACCGACUGCAGCCGCUGCUGUUGCCACCACCACUGCUAGUCCCAAAGAGACUGUUGUGGGGUCUGCACUUUCCACACCAUCUGCUCAUACCCCACCAGCCAGCAGUAGCCAAUCGCUGUCAGUGUCUUCGUUACCCUUGUCAUCUUCAUCUGGGCAUGGUAUGCAAGCUCCUGCUGCUGGUGCUUCUCCUCAGCAGGGACAUUCUCGCCCUGGGCAAGUACCUGUUUCCCAAGGUAUGACCUCAAGUGCAGUUGCUAGCUCACUAUCUGCUCUUUCUGUAGCCAAUGUUUCAAAUGCAUUGCAGCAGCAGCAACAAAAUACAAAAGUUUUAGCAUUGGAGGAAAAAGCUACUUCCAAAUUAAGUUAUGCCCAGAUGGUUGCUCGUAAACGAGAUCCAGGAAAUGAUGGCUCCAGUGUGAGCAGUUCUGACAAGUCCCAAGCUCCCAUCUCACAGCAGACACCCAAUGCAGUGCAGCAGCAGCAGCAGCAGCAGCAAGCACACUCUGCUCCUGGGGAACAGAUGUGCAAGAUGGUAACCAACAACUUACUCCAACCUACUGGCUCUGUUCCAAGCCAACGAAGCCAAGCAUUGAAAGAACAGUCUCAGGCCCUCAAAGUGAGUUCCCCAUCGGCUACUCAUUCACAGCUGCCAACCAAAGAACAUAUUCUUCGAAAGGACUUGGAGCCAAAAGAGCAACGUUUCAACUUAAGUGGAAGAAGACCAGCCAAGGAGAAUCGGGAAAGACAAAGGAGAAAAACUGACCGAGAGAGGACUUCAAAAUGA